AUGGGAAAUUAUGACGAUGACACUGCCUUCCUGGGGCAAAAGGGACCAUUUUUUAUCAUCCUUUUCUUUCUCUUGAAUGCCAUCUACAUUUCCACUGGUUUUCAUGGGCUCUACAUAGUUUUUGUUGGAGCUUCACCUUUGCAUCACUGUCAGGUAAUGGAUAGAAAUCUAAGUAAAGAAUGGAUAACAGCCAGUAUACCCAAGGAAAUGGAGGAUGGAAAGACACAGCCAAGUCGGUGCUGGAGAUACAGCCUAGACACUGUUAAAAACUUGUCUGCACAAGGUUACUCACCCCAGGAUGUUAACCUCACAGACAUUAUGCAAGAGAAAUGUGUGGAUGGAUGGAUCUAUAGUGCAGAUAUCUACCACUCAACCAUUGUCUCAGAGUGGAAUUUGGUGUGUGACAGUGAGUGGAAAGUUCCCUUUGCUUCCUCAACAUUAUACAUGGGCUACUUGUUGGGGUCUUUUGUUUCAGGUCAGCUUUCUGACAGGUUUGGCAGGAAGAAGGUUCUCUUCACAUCUCUGGCAGCAGAAGCUCUAGUGAUCCUCGCACAGUCUUUUUCACCAUCAUGGCUGUUGUUUUGCAUUCUGUAUUUUUUUGUGGGUGCUUUCCAAAUAUCCCUGUACAUCACAGCAUUUGUACUUGGCACUGAAGUAUUAAGUAAAUCCUUUCGAGUUCUCUUCACUACACUGGGAGCCUUUCUACAUUACUGCAUUGGUUACAUGGUGCUGCCAUGGAUUGCUUUUGCAGUCAGAGACUGGAGAUAUCUACUCCGGAUUCUGUCUGUACUAACUGUGGUGUACAUUCCACUGUGGUGGUUGAUCCCAGAGUCUCCUCGAUGGCUUCUUGCUCAGGGGCGAAUUAUGGAAUCUGAGGCCAUUGUGAGGCAAGCAGCAAAGAAAAAUAAAGUCACAGCACCAGAUGUCAUCUUCAAAGAGUCUGAGGUUUGACUUCUGCACCAACUGAGUUCUGAGACUUUGAGCUACAGCAUACUUGAUAUUGUGAGGACCAGCAAUAUCCGCAAAACAACUUUUAUGUGUCUACUAUUGUGGAUGGCCAUCAAUAUUGGAUAUUUUGGAUUGUCCUUGAAUACCUCUAAUCUUAGUGGUGAUCCAUUCCUCAACUGCUUUCUGUCAGCUGUUACUGAGGUUCCUGCCUAUAUUGUGGCCACCUUUCUCUUGAGGAACUGUCCACGGAGACCUCUACUCUCUGCCUUCCUCAGCAUCGGAGGAGGAUUUCUGCUUUUGAUCCAGCUGAUUCCUGAAAGUCUUCAUUCUUUGUCACUGGCAUUAGAGAUGGUUUGCAAGUUUGGCUUUACCAUGUCCUUCGCUGUGGUGUACAUUUACACAGCAGAGCUUUAUCCCACUGUCCUGAGAAACCUGGGAAUCGGCAUGUGCUCGUCAGCUGCCCGCAUAGGCAGCAUCACUGCACCUUAUGUCAUAUUCUUAGGUACUUUCAACAAAUAUCUACCUUACAUCCUGAUGGGAAGUCUAACAAUUUUGUCAUCAAUAUCCAACAUGUUUUUGCCUGAGACAUUUGGAAAAUUACUGCCAGAGACUUUGGAACAAAUGCAAACUUGUAAAAGUUUUCUAAAGAGAGAUGACCAUAUCUUGGAGGAAGGGAAAUCAACAGUCAAUAUGAAGGAAGAAAAAUUAAAUUAAUCUUCACAGCAGGAAAUAAAUACAACUUCUUUUCUCUAUAAAUUAAGAUGCAAUGUGUCAGAUGCAAUAGGAUCCAAACAUAGAUUUUUUUUUGGAGGAGUAUUUUAGUAUCAUUGUAUAUUUUGGUGUUCUUUUUUCUACCAAUCUGUA